CAGUGAUGCAAAGACACACCGGGCCGGACAUAGCGCUCCGGCGGGUUCACGGACUUGUGCAUCCUACCUUCCUGGUGCAUGCUGCAACUAAGUUGAAAGCUGUGCCUAGAAGGAAUAGACGCGGACCGUCAUUUGGGCCAUGUGCUCGGACAAUAGUAUGAAACUUGAAGUAAAGUAUUACUUUCCAUGCCCACCCAUCUUGCGAGGUUGGUUUAAGCACGAGGUUGGAAUAACUUGCGCAUUCAAGCACUAUUAUGUGUUAUUGCGUGGAAAUGGACCAAGCAAAUGGGUAGGAGCUCAGACCAGAGCAGAGCAAAUGAUGAUUUGAUGUGCUCGGAGUGGUGCUGAUGGCGGCGGGAGCUGGAAUUUGAAUUAGCCUAGCGGCCUCGGCGAAAUGAUGAUCCGGCGUCUACUCAAAAUCCGGAGCCAGCAUCAAGAUCCAACAUCAUGCUUCUUCCUCGAGAGCGCCUCUUGUCCCACAUCAUCAAGCACGCUUCUCUGUGCUCAACACCGAGAUGUCGGCAUCGCUUGCGCCUGAGUGCAAUGAGGUCAAGGAAAAGUAUGACACAUGCUUCUUGAAAUGGUAUUCUGAGAAAUACAUCCGAGGCAAUUCGUCGGUUGAUGAAUGCGAACCAUUAUUUAAACAAUAUAAGUCAUGCUUAACGAAAGCGCUCCAAGAGCGAGGAGUUGACACGAUGCUGAAGGAAGCUCGAGAAGGCACCGCUGAGACUGACGCUGAACAUUUGCGACGGUGAUCGUCGCAACAUAAGGCGGGAUUCUUACCCCCAACUCCAGGGUUCUUUGACAACUAUUCCUUGGGUCAAUGCUCGGUCUAUACUGUCAUUCUGCAGUACGCCUGGCGACACCGACUCCCUUCAUCUCCGUACGACGAGAUCACUCCUCAGCACCCAUUUCUCGCCACUCUUAACCUCUCUGCCCUCAUGAAGCAAACAAUCGUCGCCAUGCUUGUGCAGAAGAGCCAUGCCAGUCUCGAGUCCAACCACAAUAGGCUCAGGCGUCUGUUCAUCUUUCCUGCCGGACUCAGGGUAGAAGGCGGUUUCACCCCCCUCACAGGUGGUCAAGUAGAUCAGAAGCGUCCAAGUGGUCUUCGCCGGCGCUUUCUCAUCGCCAAACUGUAAUUUAUUACUUUCAUCAUAGUGUUGAUCGAAAAAUUGACCAGGCCGGUAUCUGUACACUCUUAUGUUUGGGUUUAGACCUAGCACGUCGCCACCGAAAGCGUCCGAGUCUUCGAAGGAUUCUACCAGGUGCCGCAGUCCACUUUGCUCCCAAAGCAUCCUAGAAAAUACAGCAUCCUCGAUCUGGAAACGAUCAUUGACUCUCGUCGCUUCUCCCCGUUUAGGCUUUCCUGGCGUCGUAGUGAGUGGCAGCGAGGACAGAAAUGACACAUAAGUUUUGCAUAGCGCAGACGUGAACAGCUUUCGAAUCACA